AUUCUCAUGUGGAAUUGAUAUCAUCAACUUAUCCACCAAUCUUAGUGAUGGUGGAACCUUAGUUUCUAGUGAUGAAAGCUUUGAACUGGGGUUCUUCAGUUCAGGAAGCUCUGCCAAGAGCCGUUACUUGGGAAUUUGGUACAAGAAUAUCCCAGUUCAAACUAUUGUUUGGGUUGCAAACAGGUGUAACCCGAUUAAUGACAUGUCUGGCGUUUUGAUGAUAAACAGCACAGGCAAUCUGUUACUCCUCAAUCAAAGCAGCGGGAGUGUUGUCUGGGCAUCAAACUCAAAGAAAGAAGCUCAAAACCCAGUAGUGCAGCUCCUGGAUUCUGGAAAUCUUGUUCUACAGGACAGAAAUGCUGGUAUUUUGUGGCAAAGCUUUGACUAUCCAACUGAUACUAUGCUGCCAGAGAUGAAACUUGGAUGGGACUUACGGACAGGUCUUAAUCGACAAAUAUUCGCGUGGAAGUCCCCAGAUGAUCCAUGCCCAGGAGACUUAAUUUAUGGGGUAGUGCCAUAUAAUAAUCCUGAUACUGUUAUUUGGAAAGGCUCGAGAGAAUACUGUCGGACAGGCCCCUGGAAUGGCAUUGGAAUGAGUGGUGCACCCCAAUUGAAGCCAAAUCCGUGGUUUACGUACAACUUAGUCUCAAAUGAAGAGGAGGUUUACUACAUUUUUUUCCUCAAAAACAAAUCAGCAAUCACAAGGCUUAUUGUGAACCAAACUACCGGAAGGUUGGAGCGCUAUUUGUGGUAUGAAGACACUCAGACUUGGACAGUGUCCGACCAUCUUCCAUGGGAUGACUGUGACAUCUAUGGGACUUGUGGGGCAUAUGGGAACUGUGUCGGUACAGCACUACCGCCUUGUCAAUGUUUAAGAGGUUUCAAGCCAAAAUCGCAAGAAGAAAGCUCAGUGGACUGGCUUCAGGGAUGCGUGCGCAAUAAACCUUUAGAUUGCCACGAAGGUGAUGGGUUUAUCAAAUUUGGUGGGCUGAAACUGCCAGAUACUGCACAUUCUUGGGUGAAUAAAAGUAUGAACCUCAAGGAGUGCAGGGCUAAAUGCUUAGAGAAUUGUUCCUGUAUGGCCUACACAACCUUGAAUAUUAAAGAAUCCAGCGGUUGUGCAAUUUGGUUUGAUGAUCUAAUUGAUCUUAAACAGGUCCAAUUUUCUGGACAAGAUUUAUAUGUUCGAAUGGCUGCUUCUGAUUCAGACCAUGAAGAGACAAAAGGCAACACUAAAAUGAAGGCAGGACUGAUAAUUGCAAGUACUAUUCCUGUAGUUAUUGGUGCUCUUGCAAUCACCGCUCUUGUAAUCACCUAUUACAUUUGCAGGGGCUGUCAAAACAUAGAAGGAAGAAGAAAUGGCACGAGCAAUGAAGGGCAAAAUGAAGAUAUCGAACUCUCAUUAUUUGAAUUAGCGGUAAUAUCCAGGGCCACCAAUGACUUCUCUUCCCACAACAAGCUAGGAGAAGGUGGCUUUGGUCCUGUAUACAAGGGUACUCUGCCAGACGGAAAAGAAAUUGCUGUGAAGAGGCUCUCCAGAAGCUCUAAACAAGGAUUAGUAGAGCUUAAAAAUGAAGUAGCACUUAUAGCUAAACUUCAACAUCGAAAUCUUGUAAAGCUUCUAGGAUGUUGCAUUCAGGGGGAUGAGAAACUGCUGAUUUAUGAAUAUAUGCCUAAUAAAAGUUUGGACUUCUUCAUUUUUGACCAUACAAGAAGAAAUCUAUUGGACUGGCCAAGGCGUUUUCAUAUUAUUUGUGGAAUUGCUAGAGGGCUUCUUUAUCUACAUCAAGAUUCUCGAUUGAGGAUCAUCCAUAGAGAUCUCAAACCAAGCAAUGUUCUGCUUGAUAGUGAAAUGAACCCCAAAAUUUCAGAUUUUGGCUUGGCUAGAACGUUUGGAGGAGAACAAUCUGAGGGAAACACAAGGAGGGUGGUUGGAACCUAUGGUUAUAUGGCACUAGAAUAUGCCAUUGAUGGGCAAUUCUCUAUAAAAUCCGAUGUUUUCAGCUUUGGAAUACUAUUGCUAGAAAUAAUAAGUGGAAUGAACAAUAAGGGGUUUUACCAUGUCAACCACAGUGUUAACCUUAUUGGCAAUGCAUGGAGAUUGUGGAAGGAGGGAAAUCCUUCAAAACUAAUUGAUUCAUUUGUAAUGGAGUCUUGCAAUCUAUCUGAAGUAUUAAGGUGCAUCCACAUUAGUCUGUUAUGUGUUCAACAACACCCUGAGGAUAGGCCAAAUAUGUCAUAUGUGGUUUUCAUGCUGGGUAGUGAGACUGCGCUAGGACAACCCAAAGAACCCGAUUUCCUUGUUGACAAGAAAUCACUUGAAACAAAUUCUUCAUUUAUCAAACUUGAAUCAUCUUCAACUAAUCAACUUAGCUUGUCAAUAUUGGUGGCUCGAUAAAGGCUUAUUAUUCGAAUUCUACAUGCUUUAUGGUGCUGAUAAUAUUAACUGAAUAAUGUGUACGAAUGUAUGCUUUACAUAUAACUUAACUAUUAUUUUAGUUUGAACUUAAAUGUAUUAAGGUAACUACUUUGUCAAUUUUCUAUUAGUCAUGUAUAUAUAUAUAUGGUUGAAUAUUUGCGUCUCAUAGUAGUGCAUGUUUUGGUGGUUAAAAACUUAAAUGAUAAUAUCAAUCUUUUAUGCUUAGAAUGAUUAGUUAAAAUACACUUAGCAUGAUGUU